CCCCCCACUCAUCCAAAUGUAACAACAAAACAGCAGCAAAUAAAAAGCAUGAUGAAAAUAAAAAUAAUCACCCAUGAUGGUGAAGGAUGCUGUGGGUGGAACAAGCUGCAUGUUUUUUCCCUUCAUAUCCAUUCUUCCAUCCAUCGGUUUUUCCCCUAUGGGAAAGGGACAUUUAAUUUUGGGGGAUUUUUCUCCCUCACAUUUGACCGUUGUUUUUCCCUUUACGUUGUUGUGCGUAUGUGUGUGUGCGCCAAAAAGAGGGCUUUUUUGCUAUGUGUGCGCGUCAGUCAUACAUUGUAGCGAGGGGAGAAAGUGAACGAAAUCGUCCUAUCCGCUACUAGGGGUGGUUUGCUGACUAAUAAAAGCACACGCGCACACACACACACACUGACGCGGAUCGGCGCCCAUUAUGUGAAAGGGGAAGAGAACGAAGAAAAAAACACUACAUGAAAACAGCAUGGCAUGUUUUACUGAUGGUUUCCUAUUUUUUUUUGCUUUCCCCCCUUUUGAAUAAAAGAAUGCAGAUCGAUACCGGAAUUUCGAUGGCGGCUACACAGCAACCACCACAGCAAUCGGCAGAUCAGCAGCAACAGCAGCAGCAGCAACAGCAGCAGCAGCAGACUGUAACACCGAAUGGUGGUUGGUUUGAUUUAACGAUCAAAUCGGAACCACUCGACUAUCAUCCACAUCAUCACCCGCUGCAGCAUCAUCACCAUCAUCAUCAUCACCAUCAUCCACAUCUGCAUCAUCAUCAGCGGCAGGCGCAACAAGACACAACGCUCCUUUCCAGUGAUGCACACUCGAACCCAACGUCACCACAGAGCGUGGACAGUAUGGACUCGCUGAGCGGCAAGAGUGGUUUCUUCGAGGCGAAAGGAACGACAAGCAUGAUGGCGGGUGGAUACAACCCACUUGGCUUUAAUCCACUAACACCACCGGGAUAUUCCGGGCUGCUGAUCCAGCCACCAACAUCAGCUCAGCAUCAGCUACCCACGCAGCAACAGCGUCUAGCAACGCCGAACCGUAUGUACGGUGGUAAUGGAAGUGGUGGCAAGGUUGAUCUUGCCUCACUGACACCAACGCACACACCACCGAUGGACGUAACUCCGCCGAAAUCUCCCAAAGAACCACUGGAGACACCCACCAAGGAGGAAGAACCAGGCUCAGACUGUGAGGACGUAUCGUACGAUGGAAGCGAAGAUGAGGAAGGCAUCCGCAAACCAAAGGUGAACUCACACGGCCAGGUUAAGAAGUUCCGUUGCAAGCAGUGUGAGUUUAUAGCCGUUACCAAGCUCAGCUUUUGGGAGCAUACCCGGUCCCACAUAAAGCCGGAAAAAAUGCUCACCUGUCCGAAGUGUCCGUUCGUGACGGAGUAUAAGCAUCAUCUGGAGUACCAUCUGCGGAACCACCAGCGUUCGAAACCAUUCCAGUGCCCGAAGUGUAGCUACAGUUGCGUUAACAAGUCGAUGCUAAAUUCGCACAUGAAAUCACACUCGAAUGUGUUCCAGUACCGGUGUGCCGAUUGUAACUACGCUACGAAGUAUUGCCAUUCGCUUAAGUUGCAUCUGCGCAAGUACGCCCACAAGCCGGACGUGGUGCUCAAUCUGGAUGGUACACCGAAUCCGCUGCCCAUCAUCGAUGUGUAUGGUACGAGACGUGGUCCAAAGGCGAAACCUCAGAAGAAUGCUGAUAAGUUUCUGGUGAAACAGGAACAGCCUCAUCAGCAACAAGCACAGCACCAGCAACAGUUACAGCAAUAUUCUAACAACCAGCAAGAAUCCCCAAGCGGCAUGGUGCCGAACUCUGGAGAUCAAUCAACACCUCUAACGCCGCUCAACCAACAGGGCAUGACAACUACCCCAACGACACAUUUUACGCCUCCCGGAAGUGGUCAGACGAAUGGGCUAAUGCGGAAUCUCUUCCCACACCAGCUGUUCCCGAACCCGUUGGCGCACAUGUUCAAGAGUGCCGCUGCCAACGGUAACUUGCCACUGUUCCCGUACCUGAACCUCAACUUCCAGAUGUUUGCCGACCAGCAAGCAGGGCUGUCACAGCUUUCGCCGAGAAGCUUCCAGCAGAACCUGAUGAAUCAGCUGACCGGAGAAAAGCUGAACGGUAGUGCCAGCAGUGGUUCCGACCACGAUAAUGAUCUCUCCGUGAAGACUACCUCGAGCGGUGGUUCGCUUGGGGAGGAACUCCUGAAACAGAUCACGGCUGCUGCCGCGGACAGUUCGGCCUCUGCUGCGGGACGGAACACAGCCUCCCUGGAGGAUAGUGAAUCGGAAACGGCUUCUGCAUUGCUUCAAGCAACGUUCGAUGAAUUCCAACCUACGGUAUCGUCCAAUAACCCCCGAACGCCUUCGACCACGGGUAAAGGUGAGCGAAGCCGCCGAAAGGGACGUGCCUUCAAGCUGGAGCGUCUCACCGAACCGGCUACAUCUUCGGCCGGUUCGACCGAUAUGGAUACGCACUACGACGAGGAACCGGCGGUGACAACGCCUGCUGGAAUUGUUGGAGCUGUAGCUACACGGGAUAUAUCCGUCACGCCCAAGGAACGAUCGCUAGAGUGUAAGUACUGCGACAUUACGUUCCGGGACGAUGUACUGUACACGAUCCACAUGGGAUACCACGGGUAUGACGAUGUGUUCAAGUGUAAUAUGUGUGGCGAGAAGAGUGAGGAUCGUAUCGGGUUCUUCCUGCAUAUUGCCCGCAAGGCUCACUGAUGUAAUACGGGCGGCAGUAAUCGUCGAUGGUGGCGUACCGAAUUUGCGAUCGAAGAACAAAUGGCACACGUCCAUGCGGGACACUCUACCUGAUAAGUAUUUAUUUAUUUGUUGCAUGUGGAUAGUAGGGCAUGCAUGCAAAAAUGUGAAGGACACUAGGAAUGAUAUCCAACGGUUUUUAUUGGGAAUUCUUCCCAAUUCUUGGAUGUAUGUAUGUUUUUUUUUCGCAAUGGCAGAAGCUAGUCGCCGUACGUUGUAGAACGUUAUAGAAGAAGGCAAAAGGGUAAGAUUCCAAGGUUUUUGAUUAAAUGUUAUAUAGCUGCCCAAACAAUCCAAAGACUGAGAUGGAAAGAUGUAGAAAAGCAUAAGACGAAGAAGAAGAGGAACUUAGGCAGAAAAUAGAAAGUUGACUAAAUAUAGUGGGUAAGAUAAAACAACACGAGCAAAGAAUCAAAGAUAUUCGCGUAGAAGCGAUUAAUACAGUAAGCUUUUUUUUUGCUAACACAUAAGAGAUUGUUACGAACUUCUUUAGGGUAGAACUUUAGGAUUAUUUAUACUGGUUGAAGGUGCAUAUAAUAAAGAAACACAUAUUAAAUACAACGUCUCUUAGUUGUUAUUCCUUAACGUACAUUCCAGAUUUCUUUUAAAGGUUAGUUAUAUGAACUUGAAGUUUACAGCUAAUUAUCACGAUCGUCAUCAGUAGUUGUAGGCUGUGGUGUCACUUCUCCCUUAUAAGCGAUAGGGAUCGUUAUUCCUUUUUCAUUUGCUUCUCUUCCUUAAAAGACCUUCGACCUCUAGUAGAAACGAUAUCGUCAGUUUAAGGCACCUCUUGAAAUGGUCGACACGUGCCCAAUUUUACCGCAAGAUAAUAUCUAGGGUUUCUUAGCAUCUUACGAGAUCGAGAAGGUAGCGAAGACUUCCCGAGGAUCUACACCAAUAAGAAGGGUGCCUUACUUUGCUGUACAGGGGUCUUUCCAAGAACCGGAAGUUUCAACGUUUUGAGAUUUUUCUCCCUUUUCUAUCGUACGGUUCCAUCGUGGCACGUGCGAUGGAAUUUCGAAGAAUCUUCGCUCCCGUUUUGGAAAGUUAAUUGAAAUUUUUCCGUAAAUUUAAAUGCCAAUCUGCACAUCAUGUGAUCCUUCGUCCCCUGGACUAAGGGUGGGCUCACAUAUGCGAUGUGUGGAUAUGAAAAUUGAAAUAGUUUUUCGUGGAUGUAGAUUAGCUUAAAUGAUGGGUGUAGAGUGGUUGCAAACAGCCGGUCUAACGAGGGUCACGACAUGCGGAUGAUUGAUCAAUCGAUUUUUUUUUUCGAUAUUCUCCCUUAAGUUUCGUUUCUCCCUGCAAUGUUUUUGGGGAUAUUCAAAUUGAACUGUAAAUUAUAGCGCGUGCGCUAUGUCAGUUCCGGUAGCCUCGAGCCGUUAAUAUUCACCGGAAUGUUCUUCAAGGGGAAAGUGAAAAGUAUUUCUCUUCUGUUCGCUUUUGAAAAUAAUUCAUUAAGAAACCUUCUCCUAACAAGACAGAAAACGGACAUUUAAUUUCUCGCUCAUUACUUAUCCUAGAUCAGCUUGAGAUGAGUUUGACGACAUUUCGAGUUUAAACGGCACGUAUCGAAUCGUCAGCGUAUAAUCGCUGUUGAGAUCUAACCUUGUAGUGUCGAGAUUUGUAUAAAAAAGUAUAUCUCAAUUUUGAAACACCAACUUUUUCAGGACUUCGUCCAACAAUAGGUGCAAAAUGGUGACGCAGCACGCCUAAUACGAUUAACGCCGAGUGCUGCGAAUGGGAUUAAAUCCUGCCCGGUCCUCUGUGGCACGUCCAUCCAAAGCCGCUUUCGAAGUGCAAGCGCUCAUUUUCCCUCUGUACUCGAGACCAGGGAUUGCCCUUUGCACUGCUGCUCGAAGCAGCCGGGAGCUCGUUGCAUAAAACGUUCCGAGCUACUCGUGAGGCCACAAUAUCUCGCAACACAACUGACCCUUGACGGUGGAGUGGAGGCAUGGCAUGUUGAACCAUUCCCCGAACUUAUAGCAAUGGAAAAAAGGACCUCUAAAACAACGGGCGUAAGAUCAAUGGGAAAAAGCGUAUGCCACAUUCCGAUCCACACAUUUGCUGCGCCGAAUGCAACGACCGUAACGGAAGGAUAAUGAGGUCCGAAGAAACUGAGACCUAAAGAUUAUUCCGUGUGUCCGUAGUAGAGCAACAACAACACACCGCAAAGCAACAAGAAGCGCCUGUAAGGCACCUUCAGACUCAGAAUGCUUUAGGAUGGGACGAUAAAUCUUUACUUCGCGCGUUUGCCGAAC